UUUCCAGAGGUCCAGUUCCGCCCUUACCGCACCGACGACUUCAUCACCCGCCUGUACUACGAAACGCCGCGUUUAACCGUCCUCAACCAGACCUGGGUGUUGAAAGCGCGGGUAAACGACUCGGAACGAAACCCCAACCUCUCCUGCAAGCGCACCCUCUCCUUCCAGCUCAUCCUGAAAAGCAAAAUCAAUUCCCCCAUGGAAUGUUCCUUCCUCCUCCUGGAGGGCCCCUACGACGACGUAAAGAUCCACCCCGUCAUCUACCAUUUUGUCUUCAGCAACGAGAGCAACGAGACGGAUUACAUGGCGCUGCCCAUCGUCGAUUCGGUGGAGUGUAACAAACUGCUGGCGGCAAAAAACAUCAACCUCCGGCUUUUUAUAUUUCAAAUCCAAAAAUGAGACUCGGAGUGGGGGGGGAGGGGGGAGGGAUUUAAAAAUUGAAAAAAAAAAAAACAAAAAAAAAAACCAACGCAACCCACCAAAACCCGGACAAGAACCCACCAAGACAAGACAAAAACCCACCAAAAGCGGACAAAACCCAACAAGAUCUUCAAUAUGCACCGGAAGCCAACAAAACCCAAUAAAAAACCUAAAAAAACCCACCAGAACCUGACCAACACUGGACAAAACCCACCAAAAAACCUUCACAACCCACCAGAACCCACCAAAAGAUUAACGGAACCCACCAAACCCUAGAUAAAAACCUGAAAAACCAACAAAAAACCUUCAAAAUGCACCAGAACCCAACAAAACCCAACUAAACUCAACAAAACCCCAACACAACCCAAGAAAAAUAUGUAAAAACCUACCAAAUACCCACCAGAACCCACCAAAAAACCGACAAAACCCAACAAAAAUCACCAAAACCCAAUAAAAAAACCUUCAAACCUCCCCCAGGACCCAACAGAAACCCAAAAAACCCCCAACAAAACUCAACAAACCCUGACAAAAAUCAUCGCUACCCACCAAAAAACCUUCAAAACCCCCUAGAACCCAACAGAACCCACCAAAACCUGGACAAAAACCUGACAAAACCCAAUAAAAAAAUUUAUAAACUCUGCAAAAACCCAAUAGAACCCACCAAAAAACCAACAAAACUGCAACAAAAUCCACCGGAAUGCAACCAACCCCAACAAAAAUCACCAAAACCCACCGAAAAAAAUCUUCAAAACCCCCCCAGGACUCAACAAAAACCCAACAGAACUCAUAAAUAAAAAUGGAAAACUCAAC